AAACAAUCUCAGUUUUAUUUAGUAUGGAAGAAUAUGUACUGCUAUUAUGUUCUCUUGCAUUUGUUCUGCUGCUCUAUGGUGCUGCUAGGGUUUCCUACUCCAUUUUUUGGAAACCCAAGUGGCUAGAGAGGCAGCUGAAGCGACAAGGGAUUAGAGGCACCCCUUACAGGCCACUCAUUGGAGACAUGAAGGAGUUUGUUAGGCUGAUCAAGGAAGCAUGGUCCAAGCCUAUGAGCUUAACUCACCAGAUUGCCUCACGUGUCGAACCGUUCACCUCAACUAUCAUGCAGAAAUAUGGCAAAAUAUCAAUGUAUUGGGUUGGGACAACACCAAGAUUGAUCAUCAUGGACACAGAGCUGAUGAAAGAAAUUCUGUUGAACAAGCAAGGCCAUUUCGGUAAGCCGCCAUUGAAUCCAUUGAUUCUCAUUCUGACGAGAGGACUUGCAAGUCUAGAGGGUGAGAAAUGGACCAAACACAGAAGAAUUAUCAAUCCUGCUUUCCACAUAGAACGACUUAAGGAAAUGAAAUCGGUUUUCGUAGUCAGUUGUCACGAAAUGAUAGAGCAGUGGAAGAGGGUGGUUCCCCUUGGAGGAGGAGGAAGUUUUGAAAUGGAUAUCUGGCCUGAGAUCCAAAAGCUUAGUGCAGAUGUUAUUUCUCGAGCAGCGUUUGGAAGCACGUACGAAGAAGGGAAGAAGGUUUUCGAGCUUCAGAAAGAGCUUCUAGUGCUGACAUUUGAAGCAAUGACUACUUUGUACAUUCCUGGUUUCAGAUUUGUUCCAACAGAAAAGAACCAAAGGAGAAAGAAAUUGGCCAAAGACAUCACGUCAAUGCUGCGAAACAUAAUCGAGAAGAAAAUGAACACGAUGAGGGCUGGGGAAUCAAGGGUUGAUGACUUGCUAGGAGUGCUGUUGCAGUCUAAUAACCAGAAGGAUUCAUCAGAAAAUCCAAGCAAUACGAAAAUCAAUGAGACGUUGACAAUCGAAGAGGUGAUAGAGGAGUGCAAGCAGUUUUAUCUUGCUGGCCAAGAAACCACCUCAAGCUGGAUAACAUGGACCCUGAUUGUCUUAGCUAUGCACCCAGACUGGCAAGAAAAGGCAAGGCACGAAGUCCUUCGAGUUUGUGGGAAAAAGGAACCCGAUUUUGCAGCUAUAAGCCACCUCAAAAUUGUAACCAUGAUACUUAAUGAAGUUUUAAGGCUGUACCCACCGGCGAUUGCAGGAUACCAACACACUUACAAAGAAACGAAAAUAGGAGAUAUCAUUGUUCCAGCAGGAGUUGACAUUACUCUCCCAACCCUACUGAUUCACCAUGAUCCUGGCCUGUGGGGUGAUGAUGCAGGGGAAUUCAAACCGGAGAGAUUCUCAGAAGGAGUGUCCAAGGCAACGAAGGACCACCAGCAGGCGUUCUUUCCAUUCGGAUGGGGCCCAAGGACCUGCAUCGGCCAGAACUUUGCAAUAAUGGAAGCAGAGGUUGCUCUAGCUAUGCUUCUGCGACACUUCUCGUUCGAGCUCUCGCCUUCCUAUACUCAUGCUCCAUAUACGGUUACCAUUCUUCAACCACAACAUGGAGCUCUAAUCACAUUGCACCAAAUCUAGGGAGGGUUAUCUAAAUUUCGGUUUCAAUAAUGUAAUUUGAAAUCACAAACUGUGUGGCCUUUACAUUUCAACAGUGUGUUCUUCAUAGUGAAGAAGUCAAGAUGUAGGGUUUGCUUAUUAAGUUCAGUGUCUUCUUAGAGUCCAAAUAAACAAAUCACCACCACCAUUAGGAUCGUUUGUCCCAGUAAUUAUGGAUUAAGAAAAAUGCAUUCGAAUUAUGAGAA